AUGGAUUGGCUAGGCGACAUUGUCGACCUGGAGGAGUUCAACGAUGUUGAUCCUAUUGACCCUAGCGAAUGGGCUUCUUUGACGACACUCGAAGAUGGUACCCACAGCGAAUCUACUAGGGAUCAUUCGCUGCCGGCCCAGUUUGCACCAGAGGCCAACCCCAAGAGGGUGUCGACAAGGCCACCAGGCAAAAUUGGGACACGCUUCUCACAAGACGCUGUGAGGAUAUUGAGAGCCUGGUUCUCUUCCCAUGAGGGGAACCCAUACCCCAACGAACAAGAGCGAUUGACCCUCGAGUUGCAAACUGGGCUCAAUAGCACGCAAGUGUACAAUUGGCUAGCCAACGCUCGUCGACGGAGACCAAGGAGCAUGUUCCAUGAACCACCCAGUCGACAGCAGUCCCCAGCCCCGAUCAGUAUCCCGCGGAGACCAGGAACACCGAUGAUCCCUCUUCAGAGAUGGAUGGAUUCGCCACCCGAAGAUGAACCUGUGGAAGUGGCAUCCAUCGUCCGCGCAAUGGAAGAUAAUUCUUGCCGCCUGAAUCAAGCCGAGCCUCUCGUCCGCGGUUGGAGCGGAGGGUCAAGUCGAUGUUCAUCAGCAAGUAGUGUUGACUCUUCCCACUCUGUGAGCAGUUCACUGCGCUCCGCGGCAUCCUGGGGGUCCUCGAAUUCUACGAAGCGGAGGAGCCGGCGCCAAGCAAGCCGAAGAGGACUGUCUCGAAAUUUGGAGCUUGCCAAAAGACCCCUUGUCUCCCCGACCAAGCCAUACCAAUGCACAUUCUGUACAGAUUCCUUUGGCAAAAAAUAUGAGUGGCAGAGGCAUGAGAAAUCUCUUCAUCUUCCCGUGGAUACAUGGAAGUGCUGUCCCGACCAACCCCGUGUCGUAAAUGGACCCGAAAACCAACUCUGUUGCGUGUUUUGCGGCGAAACCAAUCCAAGUGCUACACACAUGGCGAGCCAUAGCCCGACGUCAUGUCAGGAGCGCGAGUUCGGUAGGAAAGACCACCUGAAACAGCACCUACGCCUCGUUCACAAUGGCACGUUGCUGGACAGCUUCCAAGCGUAUUGGAAAGCGGAUGCACCGGAUAUAAGAUCACGCUGCGGUUUCUGUAACGAGGCUUUGGAUACCUGGACGUCAAGGACCGAUCAUCUGGCGGAUCACUUCAGAGCCGGACAGGAUAUGGCUGACUGGAAGGGAGAUUGGGGUUUUGAUGAAUUCAUCUUGGCCAGGGUUGAGAAUGCUAUUCCGCCAUACUUGAUUAUGAACGAGAGAGAUACGCCCCUUCCCUUCGCGGCCAGUACCCCGCCUGUAGAAGCACCCAGGUGUGCUUAUGAGCGCAUCAAGAUCGAUCUGCUAUGGUUUUUGCAAUCCUUUCAAGACCAAUAUAGCCUCAUCCCAAGUGAUGACCAAUUCCAAUUGGAGGCCUGCCGAAUCAUCUUCUCCCUCGACUCUCUCACGUCAGAAGAGGCUUUAGGACGGGACAGCGCGGCUUCAUGGCUCAGGGACCUGAUCACUUCCCAUCCCGAGAUUGCACGGCGCGCAAAGCUUUGCCCCGUGAGGCGCGAGAAUGAGAGUGCGUUCUCCUCACGGUCGAUGCUUCCUAGAGCAACCAGUUAUUUCGAGGGUUGUCCCUUGGAAUAUGAGCUUCGGCGCUUCGUUCGUCAAACAUGGGCAUCGGGCCAGAUGGACCUGGCCGACUCAGAAUUACAGGACGCAGCGUGCAGAGCAAUCUUGGAAGUUGACGCGCGUUUCGCAAUGCCUCUAUCUACAUUUGUGGCAAAGUGGCUGGUGAAGGCCGGCAUGUCGUCUACAACAUGGCUACACAAAUUUAAGGAAAGAAUGGAAGCGAUGAAACUGAGAGUUCUUGGGGCAAUGAGCUCCAGCUUGAGCGAGUCACGGACUAGAAAUGACAGAGCAGCCGCCGAGAUGGAAUUUCUGCCAUUCUAUGCCCAUAGAGAGACUGAAUCAGCCCCCUUAACGGCGCGCAGUCUUUCCUUGGAUGCAGGAUUUGGCGUAUGGGAUGUUGGAACUGAUUACAAGCUGUGUCCUGAUUCCAGACCGCCCUUUCUCGCCCUUGACCAACCUAAAACUGGAGAUUUGACUAACUCUGCUGUCGAAAAUCAGCCAAGCACUGAAAAAGAAGGCCUAUUCGACAUAUCAACACGUCUUUUUUUCCCAGUUGGGGAGGGGUUCGGGGACGGAACGAACAAAACACAUCACGGGCCGGAGCAUCACCCCGGCUCGUGGAUUACCAAAAAGUUCUACUUUCUCAAUGAUCCCAAGUAUCAGCAAUUACUCUCUAGAGAGCUGAAAAGAUGGGUCAAAGCUACCAUUUCGCCCAACAACCCUACGAUGCACAUACCAUCAGAUGAGGAGCUACGUCACCAAGCCCGAUGUAUGAUGUAUGAUGAUGACACAUCAUGGGACAGGACUCCCGCAGAUAGCCCUGAGUGGUUGCGAAGGUUUAGGGAAGAUGCUGGUAUAUAG